AAGCAUUAUUGCCCCAAGCACAGAAUGCUGAUUUCGAUGCUGACGUACAACUCAUUUAGAUGAUUUUUAGAGUAUUACACGGACAAAGGUGGAAAAAGGUGACAAUAUCAGCAAAUGCCUCGACAUUAUCAAGAUCUCAGGAGCAAGAGUCGUUCCGGAACUCCCUACAUUGUAUCAUUGAUUCAUAUAUCAAAAGCCCUAAAUUUGAUGAAGCGCCUGAAGUAGUUACGUGGAUAAAAAAGAUUUACGACCACAAUCUAGUAAAAGGAAAAAAUAAUCGUGGAUUAGCAACAGUGUAUGCAUACGAAAUAUUGGAGAGACCAGAAAACAUUACUGAGGAGAAAAUGAAGGUGGCACGAAUCUUAGGAUGGUGUAUAGAAAUGUAUCACACGUACCUUGUCAUCACGGAUGAUAUAAUGGAUAGAUCCUCGACCAGACGCGGUGUCCCAUGCUGGUACCGGCUCCCCUACGUGGGUGUCGACAGCGCUAUCAAUGACUCUGUCCUCGUCUAUUCUUCGGUCUUCGAAAUACUGCGCAUGAAGUUUCGACAGCUGCCGGAGUAUCAAGAUAUAUUUCACCGUUUUAAAGAGGCAAGCCUGCUAACAGCAAUAGGUCAGUACUUAGACCACACAAUGGCCAAAAGAAAGAAAAACGACUACAGUAUGUUCACCAUGCAACAUUAUGAAACUAUUGCGAAAUACAAGACGUCGUUUUACACGUUUUGGCUCCCUGUCGACUUAGGUUUCUUGCUAGCCAAUGCAACUAACGAGACGGUCAUUGGGAGAUCGAAAGAAAUAUGUUUCGAAAUAGGAAAGUUGUACCAAAUGCAGGACGAUUACAUAGACUGCUACAGUGACGCAUCCGUAUCCGGAAAAAUUGGCACAGACAUUCAAGAAGGCAAAUGCACUUGGUUGGCCGUCACAGCAUUACAGCAUUUUAAUCCCGUACAAAGAGAAUUAUUUCAGAAAUUUUAUGGUAGCGCGAAUAGGGAGCAUGUCCAAAAAAUCAAAUGGCUCUAUAACGAAGUAGCAUUACCACAAAUCUACAGAGAUAAGGAAAGGGCAUGUUAUAACAAUAUCGUAUGUCAAGCGGAAGAAAGAACCAUCGACCAGCGAUCACGUCAGCAACGAUCUCGCAUCCACUUGACCAGCUUCCGUCACAGCGAUCUCACUAGAAACUAUGACGAUUACGUCCGAUCGGAAUCAGCAACGAUCUCGCACGAAGGAUAG